AAUAUGGCGGAGCUCGUGUCGUUUCCCGCCAAGCCCUUGCGGAUGUCUUCGUAUGGCGCAUCUCGUUCUUAUACCAGUGUAAACUAAACGCGUUUUUUCGGUGUUUUUCCUUGAGCUUUUCGACGAAAAUGGGUCAAUCGGACGACCUGGAGGAUUCUACUUACAGUAGACACCAGGAUUUGUGUCAGAAAUUGAAUAUGGAUGCAACUUCUGCGUCUGAAGCUUGGAAAUCCUACGAAACCAUUCGUCAAAAUUACACUCUUGAGGGUGACCAGUUACAUUGGAUAGGAUGCGCGUUAUAUGUAGCUUGCCGUAAAUCUUCCAUACCAACUGUUGGGAGGACUGGCACUAAUGUGGAAGGCAAUUGCGUUUCACUAACACGUUUGUUGCAAUUGUGUAAUCUGCCAUUGAUACAGUUUUUUACAAAAAGUAAAUCAUGGGCUGACAUGGCCAAUAUGUCACAAGAUUUCCGCUCGAAGAUUGAAAAACUCGAAGGGAAUUUUGCAGUGUCAAUGGUUAUAUUCAAAAAGUAUCAGCCAAUUUUCACUGAUAUAUUCAAAGAUCCUGUAGAUGAUAUCUCAAGGCCACCAAGAUCUAGAAGACACAAAGCAAUGCCUUGCACACCUGCAAGAGUUUUUGAAUUUUGUUGGACAUUGUUUAUUUGUAUAAAAGGAGCAUUUCCAGAUAUCUCUGAUGACUUGGUCAAUUCUUAUCAUCUUCUCCUAGUGUGUUGUGAUCUUAUAUAUAGUAAUGCUCUAUUGGCUAAUAGAAAGGAUCUUUUAAAUCCAAAUUUUCCUGGUUUACCAUCAAACUUUAACGAUGAAAAUUAUAUUCCACCACAAACAGCAAAUUGCAUAGUUAGUUUGUUAUGCGAACGUCACGAAGCUAUUAUUGUUGAAGCUAAAGUAAUUAAGGAAUAUCAUUUGAAAAAUCAUAUUAAUAAAUUAUUCAAUGAAAGAGUUCUCCGUGGUGAUCAGGCAAAUUUUUCUGGUAUUUUAGAAGCUUUAUAUUUCGAUGGCAAUAGCAAAGCUAUUAAUAGAGUUUAUGAGCAACAUGUAUUAAGCGUUGGAGACUUUGAUGAAAGGAUUUUCUUAGCUGAUUGGAGGAGAGUGAGAUUAAAUGGGAUAUCAAGCUUGGAAAUUGUUGGAGGAGAUAUAGCUUAUCAUGCUAAAUUAUCUAAACAUAUUUUCAUGAAAGGUCAUGAUGCCAGUAAUAAUAUUGGUUCUCCUACACAGAUGAUGAAUGUUGGUGAUCUUCAUGAACAAUUUCAAACGAAAAAAGAACAAUAUAGUGGACAGAUACAACAUUUAGGUCCACCCACUCCAUUAACUGGACGUAGUUACCUUAGACCAAAAGAUAUUACCAAUGUGACACCAGUAUCCACUGCAACGCAAAGUGUAAUUCGGCUUCAAGCUAUGUUGGCAGGUCAAACAUCGCCGAGCGAAAAUUUAUUACAAAUUUUAAAUAGUUGUUCUCAAGAUGUAAAGACGCUCGUCGAGACAAAGGUCAAAAAGCUUGGAGAACAAUUUUGUGCCAACUAUAACAAAAGUAUAAACGCGAAUGAAGCUACGUCAGAUUUUGGAAAAAAGAGACUCUAUUUAGGACAAACUCUUUUCUAUAGGCUUUUAGAAAUGAUUUUGAAUGACGAGAAACGCAAGAAACCAAAUUACGAUGUUACGAAUCUUCUGAUGAAAGAAAUCUUUAUUCAGUGCUUAUUUGCUUGUUGCCUAGAGAUAGUAAUUUACUCGUACAAAAGUAACGAUAAGAUCUUCCCUUGGAUUUUGAAUGCUUUGAAUUUAGAUGCCUAUUAUUUCUAUAAAGUGAUAGAAAUUAUAGUUAGAGCGGAAGAACAGUUAUCUCGCGAUGUUGUAAAGCAUUUAAAUCAAAUAGAGGAAAAAAUUCUGGAAUCACUUGCUUGGCAAAGUAAUAGUCCUUUGUGGGGUGCCAUUCAAUCUACGUCAGAAGGUGUACCAAGUUGCGAAGAAGUUUCUUUACCCGGUAUGUUGGAAACUGUUGACCCGAAUAUUCCGGGACAGCCAGUAUUAAGAAGAAUCGCUUUAGACCGUGGUACUCAUCACGAUGUGCAACAAAGCCCUAUUUCUUCUGCCUCAGAAAGAUUUCAAUCUCCAGUUGCAGCAUCUGGUGUAGCUAAAAAACGUUUGUUCCCUGAUGCUAGAAUUAGUGGACAAAGCGUUUUACGUGUAACAGGUCAAAGCGUUUUACCAUCGAAAGUUUUAACCAUCGAUAGCAAUUCGAGAAUACUUCUUUUACCUGAAGUUCCAAGAUCAACUAGUGCACAGUCUACAACUACUUCGAUGACAGUUAACAGAGAGUCAACAAAACCAAAACGAACUGGUUCCGUCGCUCUGUUUUUCCGAAAGUUCUAUAAUUUAGCUAGCGUACGCAUGCUAGAUUUAUGUGGCUCGUUAGAAAUAAUGGACACCGAUUUAAAGAAAAAGAUAUGGACAAUCUUUGAAUACUCCAUCAAAGAACGAACAGAAUUGAUGAAGGAUCGUCACUUGGAUCAAAUUUUAAUGUGUGCAAUUUACGUGAUAUGUAAAUUGGCAAAAAUGGAAAAGAAUUCGUUCACUGAAAUCAUGCGAUGUUAUCGGUUACAACCGCAAGCAGAGUCUCAUAUAUAUAGAUCAGUACUUAUAGUUAAGACACCGUCUGGUGAAUCGCAGAAAAAUAACGAAGAAAUCGGAGAGAAAAAUUUAUCCGACAAAGAAGCUAAUGUGGCACCGCCUACGCCUUCAAAUAUGGCUGGAACUUCGCAAAAUUUUGGCGAAGAAACGCGCGGUGAUUUAAUUAAAUUCUACAAUACAGUAUACGUACCACAGGUGAAAGAAGUGCCGAAUAAAUUGGGAUUAACACGCGGCAGCGUAGUGAAUUUAUCAUUAAGUCCGCUGCCGAAAGGGAAACCUCCCACAAGUUCACCGGUGAGACGUGUCACGAGUAGCAUUAUGACACGUACAUUAGAUCCAAAAGCUAUUUCAGCUUCUCCAGCACCACAACUUAGUUAUUGUUUUAGUCGUAGUCCUGCUAAGGAUUUGGAGGCUAUUAAUAAAAUGAUGAUUUCUGUUGAUCCGAAGAGAUCUGUCGGCAAACGACUUUUAUCUGAUGAAACCGACGUGGAGAUGUCAGAAGGAACAUCUCCGAUCAAAAAGACAACUGCAUUUGUUGCGCGUAAAUUAGAAAACAUAAUUGGCGAACGACGUACGCAAAAUCAAUAAGUGAAUAUAACAUUAACUUAUUGGAAAAUGUGGAUAACGAAAGGAAAAGUUUAAAAGUUUAAAAAGUUAAAUUUUUAAAUGUUUUCGUUUCCAUUGAAUAAAAAAAAAGAAUUGAUUAAUCAAACGAAUAUCGAAACCGAAGUCGAAUUUUUGUUUCGUGGCUGUGUGGUUUAAAUGAAACGUUCUCAGGUAUGAUUAUGAACAGAAAGGCCGUAUAAUACCUGAUCGUACGUAAGAAUACGACAAUCUUAUAUUAAAUAAAGCCAGAGUUAUAUUUCCAGUGAUACUUUUUUUUAUUAUUAUUUCAAUAAAUUCAAUUUAAAACAAACAUGUUUUAAACGUUGUUUUAAAGGAAACAAUUCCGCGAUGUAAAAAGGAUUAAUUGGGCAAAGGAUAAUUUGGGCAUUUUCUUAGCUCUUUUUAAUUUUAGUUCAAUUUUAAAUAUUCUAUAAUAUAUUUUCGUUAAGUAAGUAUUCUAUUAUUACAAUAUCACUGUUAAUAGAGAAAAUAUGGAAAAUAUAUUGUCUGUCUGAUUAUGAAUGAAUUGUUCGAUUUUCGUAUUACACUGGAAAUGAUUCUGACUUUUCUGGAUAUCACUGAUCAGUGAUAUUUUAAUAAAGUUACAUAGUAUCUUUAAAAUUAUAUACAGAGUAAACCAAUAAUUAUGUUCAUCUCAAAUGUCUCUGCUGCUUUUAGGUGUAUGAAAAUUUUUAUUCAGUAAGAACAAAGGUUAUAGCAGUAAUGAUUUUCUGUUGUAAGUGAAGGGGUUUCGAAGAUAUCAAGAUCAUUUUCAAUUUUUUAAAUGGAUAUAUUUUUUUUUGAUUCAUUGAUCGAUGCAAUUCGACAUUCUCUAUAAAAGUCUAUUAAUCUAUGUAUGUCGAAAAAUUAUUAAUUUAUUUAAUAAUUAGGUACUUCAACUUUAGUUUUGUAAAAUGCUUGAAAGACUGUAUGAAUAGUAUUGUACUAACUAUACUGUACUAAUUUAUGGUACUAAUUUCUAUUAACAAAAUUUUUUCAUAUCUCCAAAAUAACAUUUGAGAUAUCGCGAAGUUAUUGCUUUAUUUUGUAUAUUAAUUUAUGUAUAAUAUAUGAUGAAUUUGUAAGAGUUACGGCCAUAGACGUUAAAGAAAUUUUAUUUUACCAGUAGAUAUAAGCAUGCUACAAAGGCAGUCGAAUGCUCAAAGUAUGCAAAUACGAUUUGAAUAAUAUUUAAUUAAAUUUAAAUAAAAUA